CACCACUUUGCAUUUCGCAAUCAUGGGUCGCUCACCAUCCCGCGCGCCUUUUCGUAAAGGAGGUCGUUCCCGGUCCCGUGCGCCUCGACCGCGUGACGCUAAACGAUCUCCGCCACGGGCUCCAAGGUCUAAGCGCGGCCGUUCUCGAUCGCAGUGGCGACCACGUGAAAGGGAGCAGCAGGGAGAACGUGAAAAGGAGGCUCGAGAACGCGAGGCCAAAGAAAGACGACCAAUUGAAAAAAGCGAGAAUGGUGUGGAAGCGGAGGCCAUUUGUUUCGUUUACUAAGAAUGGUUAUUUCGGUUUCAUCCGGAUGCCCGCGGGAGUGAACAAAAAUAAGGGAAUCUUUUACCAUGGCAGCAAGGUACAGGGCGAUCCAGAAAGGGUCAUGAUACCAGGACAGCUGGUCAUGGCGAAUAUCCUUGCCCCAGCGGAUAGCAGGUGUUCCAGGGAUGCUCGGAAUGGAUUACAAGCUACGGGAAUCAGGCUCCUGACUGAAGCCGAGAAAAAAGCUUUGAAAGACAGACAAGCUGAAGAAAAGGGAGCGUAUUGGAAACAAGAGGACGCUAACAGAGCAGAUCGUAGAGAGGGGUCACGGGAUGCAGACCAACUGUCUGCACCUGGAGCAGGCUCCUCAGGGAAUGGCCAAUGUGGGGCGCCGCAGCAGAGUGGAGAAGAAAACGUGACGCUGAAUGACCAUGGUGGGGGUCGCGGUCGUAGAGGCGGCGGAGGACCAGGCACGAC